AUGCCACCUAUUCGCUCGGGAAGAGCUUCAAAAGCAUGUGACCACUGCCGCAGGAACAAAACUCGCUGCUAUUCCGGGAUUGGGGCUGGAAACACUUGUCUACGCUGUCAUACCUUAUCGCUUCCCUGCUCUCUAGAGAAGCACCUCAAGGCUGGCCCAUUUCAAUCCCCACCUGAAACACAAAAUGAGUUUGAGAUUAAUGACAAGAACUCAAGUUCCAAUAAAAAGUCAUCUACAGAUGAAAGCUACGAUAGACUUGAAAGGCUUGAGAGAACAGUUGUGAUGUUGAUGGAUCGUCUAGACGCACAGUCCAAAGAUCAAGGAAAUCUCGCAGCCCACACUGCAUCGCCUAGAGUUGAGGAGCCAGUGACACCAUCUGAGCUUAAUCCAGCACCCGUUAUUUUGAUCCGCGAUGCUGCGGACGACGCUGGAGUUGCAUCAAAAGAGCGAUCGGCCUCCCAGCUUGGUUAUCCAUCUGAUGUCAUUUCAGCCGGACUGAUAACGAUGCCAACCGCCCACUCCUUGUUGAAGCUGUGGGUGUGA